AUGGGAUGCACUAGCUCUAUCAAAAGACCAAAGUUUAUUGUUCCUGCUGAAAAUAGUAUGCCAAACGAAGAAGAUAAUGGAGUUUAUUACCAAGUAAAUGUCCCAAAACAUAAAAAGUACAAUAAUAAUAUUGGCAUCCCAUUAUUUGUAGUAAGAGAAGAAGUUUCGGCUCUUGAAGAGUCAGCAGCUCCUUCAAAAGCGCAAUCGCUUGCGACAAAUACUUUGCAAAAUGCAUUUAUUCAUAUACAGAAUAACAUUUAA